AUCCUUCAGAUUUUUCGAUAAAUCAAGGGCCCGUUCCUUCAGAAAUCUCUCUCACCCCUAAGUGUAUUUUCCUCAUAGCUUCGCAGACCUGGAUUAUGGAGCUAGGGCAAGAAUAGACGGGAGACAGGCCAGCUUUGUUUUUUCACAGAGACAAACAGAGGUUGAGCCUUUUACAUGAAGAUGUCUCCGGUAGUCAGAGGCCUGGUCCUGCCCCUCAGUGAGCUGCUGGGCUUUGGGCUCGGUGGUACAUGUGCGGUAAGAAUAGUUCAGCAUAGAGAGAGGGGGCCUGCGGGAUGAGAGAACAGGGCCAUCCACACGUCAAGUGUCCCCCUAUUCAUCUCCUCAAAAUAACCUAGAUGUCUCCAUCCACGACUGAGUCACCCACCCCAGUCCUCAGGGCAGACUUGGGAUGAAUGGAACUCCUCCUCCACCCUGUCCCUCCCCAGCCCGAAGAACUUGUAACCGAUUCCCCAGGAUGGAAAAGUGACUUCCACAAGCCCUAAAAAUAACUGGACCACUUAAUACUCCGAACAUAGCCUCUCCCCUGCCCCCACCCUCACCCACCCCCAGCCAGCCAGCCAGAUAAAGGCAGCUGCCUGGCUGGCAGAGAACAGAGACCAGAGCCAAGGUAGAGCGAGCCGUGGGACCCAGGAACACAACUAUCAACAAAGAAUCCCAGCAGAGCAACGGACCCCAAGGCUAGACACCCAAAAGCACCCAGACACCAGCCAGACCUUUGAAGGAUGGCUGAUGCCCAGACGCAGGUCGCUCCUACACCAACCGUCCAAAUGAGUACUGGCGGGAACCUGUCCCUCCCUCCUCCCUCAGCCCCAGAGGGUCUGCCGAUGCCACCCCCCAAGGAAUCCUUCUCCAAGUUCCAGCAGCAGCGGCAAGCCAGUGAGCUCCGCCGUCUCUACAAACACAUCCACCCCGAGCUUCGGAAGAACCUCGAGGAGGCUGUGGCUGAGGACCUGGCAGAGGUGCUCGGCUCGGAGGAGCCCACGGAGGGCGAUGUUCAGUGUAUGCGCUGGAUCUUUGAGAACUGGCGGCUGGAUGCCAUUGGCGACCACGAGAGGCCAGCUGCCAAGGAACCUGUGUCAGGCGGCAACGUCCAAGCCACCUCUCGGAAGUUUGAGGAAGGCUCCUUUACCAACGGCUCAGAUCAGGAGCCGGCGGCAGGACCCCGGCUGUCAGGGGGUGAUGUCCGAGCUGCCAGACAGUUGUUUGAGACCAAGCCGCUGGAUGCGCUGACAGGCCAGGAGGAGGCAUCGCAGACAACCGUGAAGGAACCUGCAGCCACUGGAGAUGUACAGGGAACCAGAAAACUCUUUGAAACUAGGCCCCUGGACCGGCUGGGCUCCCGCCCCUCUACCCAGGAGCAGAGCCCUUUAGAGCUGCGCUCAGAGAUUCAGGAGCUGAAGGGUGAUGUGAAGAAGACAGUGAAGCUAUUUCAGACGGAACCUCUCUGUGCCAUCCAGGAUGCAGAGGGCGCCAUCCACGAAGUCAGGGCUGCCUGUCGGGAGGAGAUUCAGAGCCAUGCGGUGAGGUCCGCCCGCUGGCUCUUUGAGACCCGACCUCUGGAUGCCUUCACCCAGGACCCCAGCCAGGUGCGGGUGAUUCGGGGGAUCUCCCUUGAGGAGGGAGCCCUGCCCGAUGUCAGUGCGACCCGUUGGAUCUUUGAGACGCAGCCUCUGGAUGCCAUUCGUGAGAUCUUGGUGGACGAGAAGGACUUCCAGCCGUCUCCAGAUCUCAUCCCUCCUGGUCCAGAUGUUCAGCAUCAGCGACAUCUGUUUGAGACCUGUGCCCUGGACACUCUGAAGGGCGAAAGAGAAGCUGAGGCAGAGGCUCCACCCAAGGAGGAAGUGAUACCUGGUGAUGUCCGCUCUACACUCUGGCUAUUUGAAACGAAACCCCUGGACGCUCUCAAUGACCAGGUCCAAGUGGGUCACCUGCAACGGGUGGGUCACCAGAAGGGUGAGAGGCUUGUGACUGAGUGUAUGUCAAGUAAUGGCACAUCGGCGUUGCCUCUGUCUCAGGCUGCCCCCCAGAACGAUGGGUUGAAAGGGGACGUGAAAACCUUCAAGAAUCUUUUUGAGACCCUUCCCUUAGACAGCAUCGGGCAGGGUGAGCCUUCAGCCUUUGGGGACAUAAACAGAGGACAAAAGACUGAUUCUGCUGAGCAGUCCCAGGGCGCCGAUGCCUCCGUAUAUGCUAUGCAGGACAGCAGGGGACAGCUUCAUGCCCUGACUUCUGUCAGCAGAGAGCAGGUAGUUGGAGGUGAUGUGCAGGGGUACAAGUGGGUGUUUGAGACACGGCCCCUGGAUCAGCUGGGUAGAAGCCCCAGUACCGUCGAUGUGGUACGAGGCAUCACUCGGCACGAAGUGGUGGCUGGGGAUGUUGGCACCACUCGGUGGCUCUUUGAGACGCAGCCACUGGAGGUGAUCCACCAACAGGAGCGACAGAAACGAGAUGAGGAGGAGGGGAGGGGUCCAGGGGGCCCUCGUCCUGAGCUCCCCCAGAAGGGCGAUGUGCAGACCAUCCGCUGGCUGUUUGAGACCUACCCUAUGAGCGAGUUGGCAGAGAAGCGAGAAUCCGGGGUCACAAACCCCAUGAGCAAGGCUGAGACACAGUCCUGCACCUGGAUGUUUGGGCCCCAAUCUCUGAACCAGGCAGAAGGCUCUGGGGAGCAGCACCUACAAACCAGCCUGGUCCGGGCUGGAGACAGGCAGACAGACAGACAUGUCUUUGAGACUGAAUCUCUGCCAGCCUCGAGCCAGUCCAGUGGGAGAAAGCCUGUAAGGUACUGCAGCCGGGUGGAGAUUCCUUCUGGGCAGGUAUCACGGCAGAAAGAGGUUUUCCAGGCUCUGGAGGCGGCCAAGAAGGAGGUACAGGAGACCACGAUAAGCCCAGGAUCCAUCCCCACGGGCUCUGUGCAUAAAUUCACCUGGCUCUUUGAAAACUGCCCCAUGGGCUCCCUGGCAGCUGAGAGCAUCAGAGGGGAUAAUCUCCAGGAAGAACAGCCAAAAGGCUCUGCAGAAUGUAGGACACCGGAGAGGCAGGAGACAGCGGCCGAGAGAACCCUUCGGACUCUGCAUGCCACCCCUGGCAUCCUGCACCAUGGAGGUAUCCUCAUGGAAGCCCGAGGGCCAGGGGAGCUCUGUCUUGCCAAGUAUGUGCUCCCAAGCCCAGGGCAGGGGCACCCCUAUGUGCGGAAAGAGGAGCUGGUAUGUGGCGAGCUCCCCAGGAUUGUCCGUCAAGUGCUGCGCCGGACAGAUGUGGACCAGCAGGGACUGCUGGUUCAGGAGGACACAGCUGGGCAACUCCAGCUCCACCCACUCAGGCUGCCAGGGCCUGGUGACCCUGGGAAUAUUGAAGACAUGGACCCUGAGCUCCAGCAGCUGCUGGCCUGUGGCCUGGGAGUCUCUGUGGCAAAGACGGGGCUGGUGAUGCAGGAGACAGAACAGGGCCUAGUGGCACUGACUGCCUACUCCCUCCAGCCGCAGCUAACCAGCAGGGCCCCUGAAAGAAGCAGUGUGCAGCUGCUGGCCAGCUGCAUAGACAAAGGAGACCUGCACAGCCUUCACAGUUUGCGGUGGGAGCCGCCAACAGACUCGAGUUCUGUACCAGCUACUGAGGAGUCCCGGAGGCUCCCUCCAGCUGAGAGCAUCAUACAUGUUACCCCAUUAAACCCCACCAUGGAGAUGGGGCAUCUGAGAGUCUCAGGGUCCACACCCUGCACGCCUCAGCCUCGGACAGCUGGAAAAGUAGUCCUUCCGAAUGGGAGACCUGCAGCCCAAGCUCCAUUUCAGGAAGCAAGGAAGCAAAUGGAUAUCAGCUCUGCUGGGCAGAAAGGGAAGGCAGCCUCAGGAAGCCCAGAAGGAACUGUUGCUUCCCCUUUAGGGUCUGGGGCUCCAGAUCUCCAGGAAGCCAUGCAAAGUCUGCGUUUGGCAACCGCGGAGGCCCAAAGUCUGCACCAGCAGGUUCUGAGCAGACACCCACAGGGCUCUGACCCUGGGGCCACCUCCAUGCCUGCCCAAGAUGUCCUGCAAACACCGACUCCUGCCACUGGGGUUACCCAAGGCAGCAUCAGGCCUGUGGCUGGAAACGAAGCCAGGAUCCCAGCAGUCCCCAGAAAGCUGCUGUGACAGAAGAACCUGACCACCCAGCUCAAGGCCACCAUCAGGAGGACUCCAUCCAGCAGGCCUCCAAGCCCCUGCAGGAACCCCU